CUGUGGCUUUUUCUCUCAAGACCACGACGUCAUCUGUGGUCUGUGGUAAAUUUAAUUUGUCGUCUGUGGGUGUGGUUAUUGUUUUUAAAUAAAACAGAAAAUUGUGAAUUUAAUUGAUUUUUUCCAGUGAAAAUACUUUGUAGGAUUAUUUAGUUUGAGGAUCUAGGAAGUUAAUUUAAGUCACCUAAUACCUAUAAUAAACAUUGUGCCGCCUGCAAAUUGCAAUGCAUAAGAUAGUCCAUUUGGAUUUAAAAGGUGCACCUUUAAAGUUGCCAUUUUUGGAGAAGGUCCUAUUUAAUAUAAAGAAAUGGGGUGCUACGGGAAUAUUAGUGGAGUGGGAGGACUCUUUCCCUUACAAAGGGGAGAUAUCAUGUAUUGGCAGCAUUGCUGAUGCCAGUGGUGAUGGGAUGUACACAGUAGAUGAAGUGAAGCAAAUAUUGAGAUGUGCAAAGGAAAAUGAACUGGAAGUGAUACAGUUAGUACAGACCAUAGGGCACAUGGAGUUUGUCCUCAAACACCCGCUGUACAGACGGUACCAGGAGAAGCCCCGCUCCCCAGCGGUGCUGUGCCCCUCCCAGCAGCAGGGCCAGGAGCUGGUGCGAGCCAUGGUGCUGCAGGCGCUGGAUAUGCAGCCUGAUGCCAAGUACUUCCAUAUUGGGGCUGAUGAAGUUUGGCAUAGUGGAGUGUGUGUGAAAUGCCAGUUGAAGGCCGCAUCCAGCAUCUACGGCAAGCUGAGUCUCUACUUGGAGCACGUCCGAGACCUGGCGCAGUUCAUAAAGCAGCAGCGGCCCGAGCUGACCAUCCUCAUGUGGGACGAUAUACUGCGGACUAUCUAUCCUGAGAUAUUGCAGUAUUACAACCUAACGGAUCUGGUGCAGCCAGUAGUAUGGGACUACAACACCAAGGAGAACUUCCUGCUCAACCCUCAAAUGUGGGACAUCUACAGGUCGCAGUUCCCUAACGUGUGGGUUGGAAGCGCAUUCAAAGGCGCCAGUGGCAGUUGCGAGGUAUUCCCUUCCACGGAGAGAUACGUGAGCAACCAACAGGCUUGGAUAGAUGAGAUUGCAAAAGUCAAUGAAAUCAACUUUGUCGGCGUCAUACUCACUGGAUGGUCAAGAUACGAUCACUUUGCGACUCUUUGCGAGCUGCUGCCGGUGUCCAUGGGCUGUUUGAAACAUUGCCUACAGUCGUGGGACAACCGUUUGGACAGGAGCGCCUCCCAACAUGAAGUAAUCGAGAUACUGCCACCACAAGACCUGCCCGGCCGAGAGUUUGCAAACGUCAUGAGGAUCUUUCAGCUGCUGAGGGAACGGGGUGAGAAACUGAUACGGAGCGAUUUCGUGACCACGUGGUUGAACCCGUGGCAGAUAGACUGCGGCUACACCAACCCCGCGCAACUAGAGAUCAUCGUCAACGAGUCUGUACUGGUACACAGAGAGCUGACGGGUUACAAGGAGCUACUCCUGCGGCACCUGUCGGCGGUGACGGGCCCGCGCAGCACGGAGGAGUGGGUGGGCACGUACGUGUCGCCGCUGCUGAAGAGGCUGACGGACCUGCGGGACACGGCCCUCGCGCGGUACAACAUCGACGCCAGCGUCAAGCCUCUGUAGAUAUCUAUCUAUCCUUAAAUCUAUAGUUACGUGUUAGGGGGAGACCACA